CUCGACAAUGGCGGCAACCUCCGGCUCUGAAGCAGUGCCGGGUUCUUUUCUGUCUGACAAAUCUGCCAAGACAUUCGUCGCCGGUCACCGCGGUUUGGUCGGAUCUGCCAUUGUCCGAAAGCUCCAGCAACUGGGUUUCACCAAUCUUGUCCUUAGAACCCACGCCGAGCUCGAUCUCACUCGCCAAGCCGAUGUUGAAUCCUUCUUUGCACAAGAGAAACCAGUUUAUGUCAUCCUUGCAGCGGCUAAGGUUGGUGGCAUUCAUGCCAACAACACGUACCCAGCUGAUUUCAUCGGGAUUAAUCUCCAGAUCCAGACCAAUGUCAUUCAGUCCGCUUAUAAUCACUGCGUUAAGAAGCUGCUCUUCCUCGGGUCUUCGUGCAUUUACCCCAAAUUCGCACCUCAGCCGAUACCAGAGUCUGCGUUGCUUACUGCCCCUCUUGAACCCACUAAUGAGUGGUAUGCCAUUGCCAAGAUCGCGGGUAUUAAGAUGUGCCAGGCAUACCGAAUUCAGCAUGGCUGGGACGCGAUCUCGGGCAUGCCCACGAAUCUUUAUGGCCCUAAUGACAACUUCCACCCAGAGAAUUCCCAUGUACUUCCUGCCCUCAUGAGGAGGUUCCACGAAGCAAAAGUUAACGGGGCCGAGGAAGUGGUGGUUUGGGGUUCAGGAACUCCUUUGAGGGAGUUCUUGCACGUCGAUGAUUUGGCCGAUGCAUGUGUUUUCUUGAUGGAAAAGUACAGCGGAUUGGAGCAUGUAAAUGUAGGAAGUAGCACGGAAGUAACGAUAAGGGAGUUGGCCGAGCUGGUGAAGGAAGUCGUCGGAUUUGAAGGGAAGCUUAGAUGGGACUCCACAAAGCCAGACGGGACGCCCAGAAAACUUAUGGAUAGCUCAAAGCUCGCAUCUUUGGGCUGGACACCGAAGAUUUCUCUCAAAGAUGGGCUCCGUCAAACUUACGAGUGGUAUUUGGAGAAUGUGUGCAGCAAAUGAAUCAAGCUCAUGCAGGUAAUCUAAUUACCCUCUGAUCAAUUCUUUCUUCAUGAGGCAAUUCUAUUAAGUUUUUAUCUAUGUUGAUGGAUCUUCUGUGUGCACUUCCUUUUGUUCUAAUUUGAAGAAUCCACAUUGCAUAUGCAAGUAUAUGUUUACAAGAACACUGAGAUCUCAUGCUGGAUACUCAGCUAUGUAAGCUGUAAUCAGUUUCUUUGGAUGUAUUCCAGUGACAUGAUAAGUUUCUGUUUCGGGGGGGAAAAACUCGUAUUUUCCGUGUUCUUUCUCUACUCAUAUGCAUAUAUAUGGAGCAACAGAAGCUGAACAGCUGAAAUUGUGAAAAGC